AUGGGCUUCAUAAUCCCUAGUAAUUCAAACGCCGCCGGUUAUCCUGAGGGUGAUGACGUCAUGAAGGAAGACCUCAUCGGCAACGGUCUCAUAUGGAUUCUUUCCAAGAUCAUCAACUUCAUCAGCUCGGGGGACAAUCUGCAGUUGGGGAGCGGUCCAGUCAAUACCGGGCCUCUGGGUAUCUCGCAGCAGGUUUUACUCGAGCGGUGGUAUCGUCUGGAAACUGAGCUAGAUGUUUGGUACAACGGUCUCCCUGAUACCUUCCGGCCCUGCGCGCGGCUGGAGCACCCUUUGCAGAAAGACGGCGACGGUGAUGGUGACGGAUGUGCUUUGUCAGAGAUCUGGUACAGCAUUCCCGUCUGCUCGUCCGCGAUGCAGCAUUACCACAUGGCCCGUAUCUUACUUCUGAUCAACAAACCUCAUGAGUCAACUAGUAGACGGAGUACGAUCACCAACCGACUCAAUUCGUAUCGUUCCAUCGAGAGCGAGAUCCGAUUCCAUAGUCGUGAAAUUGUAGGUAUCUCGAUGGCUCACCCGGAAGGCUCGGUCCGGAUCAACUCUCUCCAGCCAUUGUUCGUUAGCGGUCAAUGUCUCACCGAGCCUCGGGAACGUGAGAUGGUUUUGCAACUGCUGCGCGGCAUCGAGUUUGAUCUUGGCUGGGCCACUGGUUAUCGCGUAAAGCAAUUGUUGCGAGAGUGGGGCUGGGAUGAGCAAGCCAAGGUCGGGGCUCCUUGA